GUACGCCCGCGGGCGCCCACGCCGCCUUCCUGGACGAGCGGGACCGGGUGCUGAGAGCGGCCUGCAGAGGGCCCGCAGCAGCCCAGCGCGGGGUCCUGAUCGGCGCCUUCUGCCAGGACUUCAACGAGCGCACCCGCGACGUCAAACCAGGGGUCCUGCUGCGGGUCCGCCUGCUCGUGCACGCCACGAGGCAGUGGGGGUGGUGUCCCUGGCCCAGCUGUACGAGGUGGCCCUGGCCAAGCAGAGGGACCCCUCGGUGUCCAUGGGGGGGGCUCAGGGGGUCCCUGGGUCCAGGCCACGAGGCAGUGGGGGUGGUGUCCCUGGCCCAGCUGUACGAGGUGGCCCUGGCCAAGCAGAGGGACCCCUCGGUGGCCCUGCGUGGGACCCCCCUGCCCGCCCUCGUGGGGUCCCUCGUGGGCUCCGCCCGCAGCCUCGGCCUGCACGUGGUGCCCAGUUUGACCCCCCAGGCCGUGGCCGAGUUCCAGCGCCGGCGCCGGGAGGAGCUCGAGGCGGCCGCGGCUGCGGAGGGGGAGGACGAGGGGGCCAAGAAGAAAUGACCCCUCCCCCACCCCCAGACCUCAGGGAGACCCCCCCUGACCUCGGGGAGACCCCCAAGACCCCGGGGAGACCCCCAAGAUUCUCCUGUCCCCCCCCCAAACCCUCGGGGGGUCCCCAAUAAAGGCGUCGUUCCCACA